AUGAUGAUGAUGAUGACAACCACAUGCAAAUUUAGAAAAAGUAAGGCCAAAAUGGAAACGACAAAACUUUUACAACACUUGAAAUUUCCUGUGAUCCACAUUUGAGCUACUAGUUCAAAGCCAGACAGUGUAAAAAAGAGUAACAAACUCAUUUGGGUUAUUAGUUCAAAGCCAGAUAGUGUAAAAAAGAUGAUAAGAAACUGAAUUUUGAAGGCAAAAUGGCGAAGUUGGUUCUGAAAGCUGGUAGCAGACCUCCAUGGGUGGGACUAGCUGCCGCAGUUUGGAUUCAAAUAGCUGCUGGUAAUGCCUACAACUUCCCUCUCUACUCAUCUGCUCUCAAAUCUGUGUUGGGCCUUAAUCAACAACAAGUCACUAUUCUUGGAGUGGCCAAUGAUGUUGGAGAAAAUUUGAGUUUGUUUCCUGGUAUUGCCUGCAACAAGUUCCCUCCUUGGGCUUUGCUUCUUGUUGGUUCUCUCCUUUGCUUCUUUGGCUAUGGUGUUAUCUGGCUUGCUGUUACACAAACUGUUUCCAACUUGCCCUAUGUUAUGUUAUGGCUUGCACUUUGUGUUGCCACGAACAGCAGCGCAUGGUUCGGGACAGCCGUGCUUGUAACCAACAUGAGAAACUUUCCUCUUAGUAGAGGCACAAUCUCUGGCAUUCUCAAAGGUUAUAUAGGGAUUAGUGCUUCAGUAUAUACAUUAAUAUAUAGCUUAUUGCUAAAAGGUUCUGCUUCUAAAUUACUCUUAUUUCUUGCCAUUGGAGUUUCUACUGUGUGUUUAGUUUUGAUGUACUUCAUUAGGCCUUGUACUCCUCCUUCUGGUGAAGACUCUUCUGUUCAUGUCCAUUUUAUUUUCACACAAGCUUCAAGUAUUUUACUUGCUACUUAUCUUGUUACAACCACAAUACUAAGCGACAUGGUUUCAAUCAAUGAUUCUGUUUCCUAUAUUUUAGUUUCCAUAAUGAUCAUAUUUAUGAUAACUCCCCUUGCGAUUCCUUUGAAAAUGACUAUAUUUCCUGCCAUUCAAAAAACCAAUGCUCCGUUAGAUGGAAGUGAUGUUUCAAUUUCGACACAAACAAGUCCGUUGAUUGCAUCUUCAUCCACUUCAGCUGCAUAUGUUGGAAGUUUUCAUGAAAAUGAGGAUACUUCUUCUUCAGAUGUUGAAGUACUAAUUGCAGAAGGAGAAGGGGCGGUGAGGAAGAAAAGGAGACCGAAAAGAGGAGAUGAUUUUAAGUUCAAAGAAGCUAUAGUCAAGGCUGAUUUCUGGUUACUUUGGUUUGCUUAUUCCUUAGGCGUUGGCUCGGGAAUAACUGUUCUCAAUAAUUUGGCUCAAAUUGGAAUUUCUUUUGGUGUAGAUGAUACAACCAUAUUGCUUUCAGUCUUCAGUUUUUGCAAUUUUAUUGGUCGUCUCGGUGCUGGUGCUGUGUCUGAACAUUUUGUUAGGUUGAAAACACUGCCUAGAACAUUUUGGAUGGCAAUUACACAAGUAAUUAUGAUUAUAGCAUUUUUGCUUUAUGCUUCAGUUGUAGAUGGAACUCUUUAUGCUGCAACAGCUUUACUUGGAAUGUGCUAUGGAGUUCAGUAUUCUAUAAUGGUUGCAACAGUUUCUGAGCUAUUUGGUUUGAAGCACUUUGGUGUGAUUAGCAGCUUCAUGAUGCUAGGAAAUCCAAUUGGUGCACUACUUUUUUCUGUUUUCCUUGCUGGAAAUUUGUAUGACACGGAAGCUGCAAAACAAGGAAAUUCCACUUGCUAUGGUGCAGAUUGCUUCAGAAUCACUUUUCUUGUUUUGGCGGGUGUAUGUGGAAUUGGUACCAUUUUGAGUAUAAUAUUGACAGUUAGAAUAAGACCGGUAUAUCAAAUGUUGUACGCAAGCGGUUCGUUUCGUCUGUCCCGUACUUGAAAUCAAUGAGAUUGGACAAAAUUGUUUGGCAGGCACAAAGCUCACCAAAUUUCUGCAGCCACUAUUCAAUAAUCAUACAGAGACUACUCUAAGCAUAUCAAUGGUUUCAUGUGCUACUACUGAAAAAUAUCCACUGUCCCUGGUUUUGGUUAAUAUGGGAAACAAUAAAUUUUUUAGUUCUUUUUGUGACUGUAAAGAAUGUGAUCAAUAGUUUAUUGGGUGUAGAUCAAUGAAUUUACCAAUAUUUAUGGUUUGUAUAUGUCAUACUCAUAGUAUGAUGAAUAUCCAAUGAUUAUUCACAAUA